UCCUGGUUUGCGGUCGCAUGCGAGUGACGUCACGUUCUGUUACUAAGCAACAAACAUCAACAAACUGGAUCCACAACGAAGCGCUGGAAUGUCACAUUUUGGUUCUGAUCUGAAGGCAGAUGGACAUGGUGAAGUAUGGCUAGAUAUUAGACCAGAGACAAAGUUCAAGCAGUAUGGAUGGAGGUGCACAACCAAAGAGGACUCCUACAGCAACAAGACUCUCAUUGGAAACUGGAAUCAGGAACAUUAUGACCUGUGUAAACUGGCGGAAAGGAAACCAACGGUUUCUCAGUACGCUCACUACUACCAGACGUCAUACGGGGCUGAAUAUCUCAGGAACAAGGGCUCUGCGGAGAGGCAAGUUUUCAAGAGGGAGCCUCAUGUUUUUCCUGGACAUCAGCCUGAACUAAACCCUCCACAAUCUCAACGGAAAUCCUGCUAUAUGAUGGACUAUGGUGGCACCAGAUUUUUAUCAGUCCAGAAUAAUAUGAAUUUAUAAGACACAUUACAUUUAAAGGGGUUGUCUCACUUCAACAAACUGCAUUUAUUAUGUAGAG